GGCCUCUGUCCUUCACGUGAUCCCUCCCGGGGCGGGGUCACGUGCCGCAACAUGGCUGCGCCCAGCGGCCGCUUCCCGGGUCCUCUGAUCGUCCUGCCCUUCCUUGGCUUCUGCCUGGCCGCCGGAGCGGGGCUGCCGGAGGUGUGCAGCGGCGGCUGCUGCCCGGGGACCGUGCGGAACGGCUCCGCGGUGGCCGCCCAAUGCGCCUCCCGGCCGGGCGCCCGCCUACGGGGCCGCUGCUGCUGCUCGGGAGGGGCGCCGGGGAGCGAGGCCUCCGCCGUCGUGGGGCUGGAUCUGGGGAACUGCUCGCUGCAGCAGCUGUGUUCCAGCUUCCAGGAGGCCAGCACUGCUUUGGUCAUCGACCUGACUGACAACCCCUUGGAGCCUCUCCCUGAAGACGCCUUCCGGGGCUUCACCCAGCUGCAGACUCUAGUUCUGCCCCCGACGCUGGACUGCCCUGGAGGCAACGAAGGCUGGGAGAACGUCACCCUCCGAGGGAGGAGCCGGGUCUGCCAUGGCCAGAGGAACCCCUGCAACAGCUCAGGGGGGCUCGGCCACCUGUGCCCAAAGGACUCCUCGUGUGUCCCGGAUGGGCCCGGCUUGCCCCAGUGCCUCUGCAUCAGCCCACACUACGGCUACAAGUGCCUGCGCCAGGGCACCUUUCCCUACCUGCUGUUCUUUGGGACCUUGGGAGCCGUCACCAUUGCCCUCUCCCUCCUUCUGUGGGUCACCCAGAGGCGGAAGGCGAAGGUCUCCUAGAGGCCUCUCUUCCCUCUGCUCCUCCUGGCCUGCGGCUGGACAGAAACCCUUUGGCUUGUGCCACAAGUUUGUAAUAAAGUCUGGAACUGGAA